GUUUUUGCAAACACUCAUCAAGCAACGAUUGUGCUGAACUCAGCGUGUAAACAGCCUUUGACUGGGUUGGCGACUGCACAUUUGUGGAGACCUUCCACAGAGAGGAUUUGCAGAACUUGUUAUACGGCAUUCCAUAUUAGUCCCCAAUAUGACAUCCUUUAUGUCUAUGGACCAACUUGUCGACCAAGCAUGCGACACUGAAUACGCUGAACCAAAUGUCGCACUCAUGCUCGAGAUAUGCGAUCUUAUCAAUCAAAAAGGAAGAAGCUUGCCUCGAGAAGCUGCUCUUGCAAUUGUCCGCAAUGUAAACAGUCGAAAUAACCAGUCAGCAUUACACGCGCUUAUGUUGCUAGAUUACUGCGUCAAGAAUUGUGGUUAUCCCUUCCAUCUCAUCAUAUCCACCAAGGAAUUCCUAAAUGAGUUAGUACGACGAUUUCCGGAGCGUCCCGCGAACGUCAAUAUGGUCCAACAUCGCAUUCUUGAGCUUAUUCAACAAUGGAACGCGACACUGUGUGUCACAUCUCGCUACAAGGACGAUUUCAAGCAUAUUAAUGAUAUGUAUCGGCUGUUAUCGUACAAAGGAUAUCGGUUUCCACCUCUUUCAAAGGAUGCAGAAGCCGUGCUGAACCCUUCUCAUACCUUUAAAACUGAGGAAGAGCUGGAGCAGGAGGACAAGAUCGCACAAGGAGCAAAACUGCAAGAACUUCUUCGACAAGGAACACCGGCGGCAUUAGAACAAGCUAAUGAUCUAAUGAAGAUCAUGUCGGGAUAUGAUACAGAGCGUGUUCCCAACUAUAAAAAACAAGUGGAAGAAGAAUUGAACCGAAUCGAGCAGAGAGCGAUACUACUGAACGAUAUUUUGAUCCAAAAAUCACCCGAGGAUCGAUGGAGGCCCGAUUCAACUGUUGAGGAAUUGCUAGGGAGCGCCAAAUCGGCCCAAUCCAGGAUACAGAAACUGAUUUCAGGCGGGGAGGAGGAUGAAAAGAUGGGACGCCUCUUGGAGCUCAAUGACCUGAUAAAUAUGGUCAUUAACAAACAUGCCGAUUUCAAAGCCGGAAACCCCAUUGAGGGAGCUGUUCAAAAGAGCGCUGUGUCCCCGUCAAGGAAAGACACGAACCAAGUCAAACCCGGCCCUGUGAGUCUCAUUGAUUUAGACGACUGGGGGGCUCCUGGACCAGCAACUCCACCCAUUGCAUCGCCACCGACCGGCUCACCGCAAAAGCAGGAGCCACAGCAACAACAUCAACAAGCUGGUGGACUUGGCGGUCUUCUCGAUGAUCUCAGUUCCCUCAACUUUACGGCCACCCCUGCUGUACCAUCAUCAUCAUCUAGUGUUCCCCCCAAUUUUGGCCCGUCACUCAUUGACGGCUCAUCAGGACCGGGCUUCCCUUCAUUGCAGCCACUUGGCACACCGGGCUCGGGAGCGAGGAGCCCAGCGUUGGUUGGACAACCGAUCCGACCGCAGGGUCAAGCGCCACCGAUUGCGGGAGGCCAGACUCUGGCUUCCUUUGGCGGUUACUCGUCAGGUAAUACCCCACAAAAUGCUGGAACACCGCAGGCACGUCCUGCAGUACCGUCGAAUUUGGGAUGGGCAGCUGCACCGUCUUCUGUGCCAGGCACCCCACCGUUCCAGUCCAAAGUCGAUCCUUUUGGUGGUGUGGAUUUGUUUGGCAAACUUGCGGGAAUAUCGCAAGCGGGUUCGGCCCCUGCAACACCACCACCUUUGAGUGCUCCAGGCACACCGUCUGGGGGAGCUACUGGGGUGUCAAAUGUGCAGCAAAAGAAGGAAGUCAUGAUUUUCGAUAAGAAUGGUCUGCAAGUCAAGUAUCGCUUGUCAUGGAAGGGGAACGCAUGGGCGGCUCAGGCAGUGUUUAUCAAUGUCACGCCCGUUCCCUUUACGAACCUUGUAUUCCAGGUGGCGGCUCCAAAGUCGAUGACAUUGAACAUGGAGCCUGCUUCGGGUACGGUUCUACCCCCAUUAAAUCAAGGACAGGUUACGCAAGGAAUGCAAAUUGUGAAUCCAAACAAGGAACCUCUUCGGAUACGAUUUAAAUUGCAGUAUGCUGUGAAUGGCGCUGUAGUGAAUGAGCAAGGAGACUAUGCCGAGAGUUAAUGAGGCUGUCGUUGAAAAAAAGACGUGAUAUUCUGUGACCUUGUCGACGGUGCCUGCCUAAUUAUCAAAGCAUCAUUAUACUGCACUGCGCGAUGUGUUUCAAAACAGAGAUGCAAUGCAGAAAUUCCUCCCGACCGCCACA